UUCAAGCACCCCUGUGACAGAGAGACGUCGAUGUUGAUUUAUCCCCUCUCAUGGGUUCCAGGGAACGGUCCGCCCGAUUUUCAGAACGCUGAAUAAGUAAUAUGUGCGGAUGAAUGUUGCGUUAUUGGUUUAUGCCGGCUGCGGGUGGAGUCUGUCAAUCUUUUGCAUUUUAAAACGCCUCAGACCGAGCGCUGGCGGUAAAGUAAGCAGAGCGGGGUUUAAAAUUUAAUCUGUCCUCUCUGGAAGAUGGCGGAGGCGCUCGGGGUGGCCGACACCCGCAGACUGCACAGCAAACCGCAGGAUCUGAACGAUGCCUACGGUCCCCCCAGCAAUUUCCUAGAGAUCGACAUCUUCAACCCGCAGACCAUCGGCGUCGGGAGGAGCAAGUACACCACUUACGAGGUCCGAAUGAGGACAAAUCUUCCAAUCUUUAAAAUGAAGGAUUCAUGUGUGCGCCGACGAUACAGUGACUUUGAAUGGUUAAAAAGUGAAUUGGAGAGAGACAGUAAGAUUGUUGUUCCACCAUUACCAGGAAAAGCUUUGAAACGACAACUUCCAUUUAGAAUGGAUGAAGGAAUUUUUGAUGAGUCUUUUAUUGAAGAAAGAAGAGUGGGAUUAGAACAAUUCAUUAACAAAAUUGCCGGUCAUCCGUUGGCUCAGAAUGAACGCUGCCUCCACAUGUUCUUACAAGAAGAAUGCAUUGAUAGGAAUUAUGUACCUGGUAAAGUGCGUCAAUAGGUCAGCUGGGUUCUUUGGUUUCUUCCUCACACACCCCCUCACCUCACUUCCAGUGAAUUGCAUUUAUUUUUUACACUAAAAUUAUAUGCAUUUAUAAUCACCUGUCUCUAACUUCAACCAUUCUAGAGAACACAGGUUUUUCAGAAUCAUAUAUUUGCAUUUUAAACACCUUGUGCUCUCCCAAGUUCUACUUGUGAAAUGUAGGUUCUGUAGUUCGGGAUUCUUGGUUUGAGUUGGACUGAAAACAUCAGAUUGUUGAGGCUUCCCAUUCCCCUUGUUGUGUUUCUACCCCAAGUCCAUGAUUUCACUUGAAAGGGAAUGGCACCAUUAAAGUUUGGUUUACUGACCUCCUGGAAGUCAAGUACAAUUUCUAGUUUUUGUAUGCUUGAUUUGACUUGUUUAAACUAGUUGUUCAUAUUGCAAAACUGUUAAGCUUGUGUGCCCUACAAAAUAUUUUCUGUUUUUGCUGGAGAACAAUUUGCUGAAGAAUCAAAGUUAUUUUUAAAGCUUUAACCUUCAAGGUAUCUUGGUAGAUUCCACUGAUUUGAGUACACGUGUUCUGAUUUCUUCAACUUUUUCUGUCAUGUGAUGCACUGAUUGGUUUUGUAUGGGCUUGUAAAGGGUGAUCCUCUUGGACCAGAUUUUGAAUUGUAAAAAUGCCUAAACCCCAAAUGAUGAAUUUUAAGUGCUUAAAACUGAGCCCUUGCCUACGGAUAACUUGUGUUGAUAUCAUACAUUAUAAAACUACUUUAUUAAAGGGUUAAUAUGACUGAAUGUUGACAACAUAUCUUUGAAUUUAUUUAUUUUAGUCCCUUUUUGGCCAAAGGUUCUGAGGGCCAGUAUAUAAUCUGGGAUUUUCCUUAAGGAGAUUAAGUAUUGAAUGUGCUGCAAUUGUUCUUUAGUGUAGUUGGUGAGUUUUACACUUUAUUGCAAAAUGUACAUAAGCUAUGUAGUCUUAAGAUGCAUCUUCAACAUCUUGGCAAGUAACAUUGGGUAACUUCUGUUAAAGUGAUUUUUGUUAAGUAUUCAGUGACUUUUAAUAUUCAACAUUCUUGUUUAAUGAGCAAUUGAAUCCAAGACUAAAAGGAUUGAUGUUGGCAAGGAACCUCCUAGGAAAGGAUUGAAAUGUGAUCUUUGGUUCCAACCAUAAACUCUAAACUGUAUCAGAUUAAUUUCUGGUUUCUCAAUUUUUUUGCUCCUUUCCAUUUUUUGCACUCUAUAAUUUUACACUUUGCUGAUUCACUAACGGUGCUGCUGCUUCAGCUUGAAAUCAUUGUACAGAUCUUAGCACGGAUUCUUUGUAAUUGAGGUCUUUAGCUGGUUUGAGAUGUAAGUGUGUUAAGCACUUGUAUUCUGAAGGCCUCCAAAAGAAACAUGGACAUCCUCUCAACAGCUAUUGUGUGUUGACUAUUAAUUUAAAAGUGAAUAAUCCUGUAACUAUGCCAGGUAAAUACAAUGGCAUUUGGUUAAGCCAUCUAGUUAAUAACAUUUAAGUCCCAAAAGUUAUUUGUAAGCAGACUCUGUAUUUUAAAUUACAAUGCCAGUUUAAAAAUUGAAGUUACCAUUGGUGUUAGCUUCAAUCAAUACCCUACUAUUAAACUGCCAUUUUUUUUUUUUUUGAUUUCCAUCUCUUCCCUCACCCACCCUCCCCAAACUCCAGAUUCUCUCUGUGGACUUCUAAUAGGGAAACAAAUCUGAGUCACCUGCAGUGCUUUGGAUGGAAAGGCUGUUGACCUGAAGACAAUUACAGUUGUUAGUCUUAAUGCUUCUGCCAUCCUACUGUUUUAUUGUUUUACCUUUUUUCUGGUUUCAUUUGCUUUGCUAUCCUGUUUGCUGCUUGUACUGGGUACUCUUGCAUCAAACACUUCUUCUACAGUAGUAAAUUGUAGCAUUUAGAACUGAAGAAGAGUUGUACAUUCAGUAGUUAAAAGUGAAAGGCUUGACAAAUGAUUUCAUCAGUUAGAGCAGAUGGAGAGGGGAUGUCUUCAAAUACAGAAGACAAGCCAGUUUGGUGACCUAAUUGCUGAUUUUUGGGUGUAUUCAUUAAACGUCUCCCAUUUUAGGUGUUUCAAUUGGAAUGUGUGAAGUUUAUUUAACAAUUCAGUUGGAAAUAAAAUUCUCACUUUGUCCCAGCUUGGAGUAUAACUUUCACUAAGAACCUUGGAGUUGAGAGUUUUUGAUGUAUACUCCUAACCGAAGAACUGGAGCACUGAAUGAAACUGCAGUGUAAGUAGGCAGGCCAAGCUAUUGGCAGAUUGGCAAUGGAGAAACCCUAGGUUACACACAGCUGAAAGGCAGUGAUCAAUUGCUUUAUGAGGGUGAAGAACACAAUGUACUGAAUCUUUCGGUUCUGAGUGGGAGAUGUUUAUAAUAUUUCAGGACCAAAUGGAUUUGGAAUAUCCAAGUGAUAACUGGAUGUGGAGUAGUAAUUGAAACAAUUGUACAAUACAUUGGAACUGUUCAGUUUAUACUUCUGGGAAUAGUAAAGUUGAUAACUCUGUAUCUGAUCUGUGAAUGGGUGUGCACUUGAAGAUCGAUUCUUUCAAUAUUGGGGUGAUGCUUUAGAAGAAUCUUUGCCAAAGAUCAAUGCGAAGUGCAGUCUGUCGCUGCCUCCAGAAACCAGAAAUCAAUCUGAUUUGUUUUAUUUAAUGAGUAAACCGGCAUGGAGCUGACAAUUUAAUCUUGAUAUUCAGUAUUGUUGCCAAUAAUGUGCCCUCCUGACCUAUUCAACACUUAAAACAAGAGUUUUCUGUAAAUUCACUUUGUACUAUUACAUUGGUUUUAUCUAGGUGCUUUUUGUGUCAGUGGGGAAAGGAUUACUUACUAUAUUGAGCAGCUUUCUCUUAAUCUAAACAGAUGUGUCCACUUUUGCAUUCAUAAUAAACCACUAUAAAAUCACAA